AUGCAGCAAGGAAAUUACACAUCCUUGACGCGGGCAUUCCCCCGGCUCAGCAACCUCACACAGAGCACAGGCCGCAAUCCAUUUUUGGGAGGACAAGAUUUCACCCAUUGUUGCCUUCUUGCUGUGAACCAGUCUCUAAGCGUGGUGAACGGUUUCAUUGUGGAAAAUACGCCAUCCUUCAUCGAGGCAACAGUCGAGGAGCUACUUUCUGCAACCGCGAACUCUCAAUUUCCUUGUGGAGCUGCGUUCAAUGGCAACAAACUUGGAGCACCUGUCGUUCAGGUACCUGGCUCCUGGCUCGAGCGAGAAUGUCCUGGCUGGCAAAUAUCAAGUUCCCUUAACCAAUCGCAGUGGAUCACACCCUUUGUUGGCUUUCUGCUACCAGCGGUAGUCUUCUGUCUGUCGGUUCCUCGCAGAAGAAAGGUCACAAUCUACGAGAAGCUCUUUUCUCCCGUUCUCUCUCGUCCCAAUGGGUGGAUCUUUGCACCAUUCGGCAUGAUUAUGGCUGUAAUCUCAUCAAUUCUUGAUACAAUAAUUUGGCUGUCUAUGUGUUUCGCCUUCGCUAGCCCCAUGCUAUUGAGCGGUUUCUACGAAGCCUACCUGGACAGCCUUCUUCUGCAUUUCAUACACGAACAGUCGAAAGCUCGUAUGCUAACGUUGGACAUGAAAGUUCGGCUUUUAUUUGUUGUUCUCUGUGGUAAUCUAGAUCUAGAUCCUGAUCUCGAUUCAAAAGAUACACUUCAGGUGCUCCACAAUCACCAAUCCGAUAGCGAACACUGGCCGAACUACGAGCGAAACCCGAUUUCAGGCCCCUUCAACAAUAAUUCUGCGUGGACACAUAUUGAAUACAUGAUACAACCAGUACGUACGUACCGGGAUAUGGCCUUCUUGACACCACGACAAUGGCCAAUGCAUGAUAUCAAAUGUGGAAUUCAGGGAUGCAUCAGAUAUGAUUGCCUUGAAGUGCCUCUUCCUCGAACGCCGGAUACACUUCGACAGAUUGCUCAGAUGAAAACUCGCUUACGUACGAUGCUAGCCUGCCAGCCGUCGUUUGGCGCAAGUGUCGGAGCGCCUGUUGCCUUCUUCCUUGGUGCUUUUGUUUUCACGAUAGCAGUCACUCUCAACAGUCACGGAGAUCACGAUACUUCGAUAGAGAUUGCGUUCGGAAUGUGGUUUAUGCUGAUCCCGCACGAGGCAAUAGUAUCAGGACUUCUUUUGGCUGGGAACAAUCCUAACACCCUCGAAGGCAUGCUCGCCCAUGACAUCGAAGGCUUAGGUGAUAUCUAUUCGGAGGCUGAACGCCGCAAUCCAUUCAAUGAAUACUUCGCGCUUGCGUAUCAGAGUCGCUAUAGGCCCAAAUGGUUAUGGUCCCGUGGGAGAAGCAAGCGUGAUUGGAUUGAUAAGGUAUGGACAAACUACUGGUACAAAGAUGGUCCUGAGCCAUAUGUGCCAAUUUGUCCCAGUACAAGCGCGAAAGACUUAAAGAAAGAGACAUCCAUGGGACUCAAGGGAUGGGCAACUAUUUUAGCAUUAAGUAUAAUGUUACUGGAAACGCCAUAUGUCCUUGCCUUCAUGACUGCCUUUUACACUCCCAAAGUCGGUUUCAGCUGCAGGACUCUGACAUUCACAUCCCAUGCUAUCAAUCAGAUCUUCUUAAUGUGUCUGUGGUUCUGGGCUUGGAGUGGUGCUCCCGAGACAUGCCCAAGGUAUCUCUCGUUCCUUUCUUUCUUGAAGAAGGGAAGCUGGCUUGAUAGAAGCGGAUUUUACACACCAACAACCACUUAUUUGGCUUGGAGGUCUCCCAAAACUCGCUUCACAAUGCGCUCUGUCUGGGCCGUUAUUUGGUUUGGUGCUGCCACUGUCUUGGGUUUGAGCACUGUCUUUGUGACUAUCGGCGGCACAUUUAUGCAACUCAUCGGAGUCUAUCGUAGCGAUUUCUGUGAUUUCAAUGAGUUGGAGUGGACCAGACCUCAUGGAAACGUUUUGAUUGUCAUUAGCACAAACACCGCACUCGACAUCAAGGAUGCAAGCCAGUAUUGGAUGUCAACUGGUAUUACCGCAACAGUAUUCCUCGCAGUUGUUUGUUUUGGUGGCUGGUGGUAUCAACGGCGUCUUCAGGCGCUGUUUCAAAACGUUGUAAGCGACCUUGACAAUCUGGAGUACGAGAGGGCAGACAUCGUCACUACAAGUUCGAAGCUGAAACGUGGACAAAGAUCAGUCAGAGCUUCGACGAGGUAG